GAAAUGUGUAUGCACGAAUACAACUCGCCCACUUAUGGCUGCGCACUUUGAUACAGCAUGUUGAUCUUAUGUCUGAGCGUCUACAUGAUGACCUGAUGCUCAUUUCAACAUCCAGUUCGCCUUCGAAACGUUGCGGUGACCAUGGCCGGUGAAGGUAGCCUCCACAAUGCCCCGAUCGUCCUAGACAACGGCAGCGGUACAAUCCGUGCUGGCUACGCGGGAAACGACCUACCAGCUGCAUAUUUUCCCUCAUGGGUUGGACGACCCAAGCAUGUUCGUGCGCUUGCCGGAGCGCUGGAAGGAGACGUGUUUAUUGGAGCUAAAGCACAAGAGUUGAGAGGCCUCCUCAAGAUCCGGUAUCCUCUCGAACACGGAAUUGUUACGGAUUGGGACGAUAUGGAAAAGAUAUGGAGAUAUGUCUUCGAACAAGAGCUGAAGGUCUUAAGUGAAGAGCAUCCUGUUCUUCUGACCGAGCCUCCGCUGAACCCAAGACAAAACCGGGAGACCGCCGCAGAGAUACUGUUCGAGCAGUUCAACGUGCCUGCGAUAUACAUGUCAAUUCAGGCAGUCCUGAGUCUGUAUGCGAGUGGUCGAACCACCGGUAUCGUGCUCGACUGUGGAGACGGUGUCAGUCACGCAGUGCCAGUAUACGAGGGAUUCGCAAUCCCCAGCAGCAUACGCAGGAUCGAUGUGGCCGGGAGAGAUGUCACUGAACACAUGCAGCUUCUGCUGCGCAAGAACGGUCAUGUUUUUCAUACCAGUGCAGAAAAGGAAAUUGUCAGAUUGAUGAAAGAAAAGACGGCAUAUGUUGCGCUCGAUCCUCGAAAAGAAGAGAAGGACUGGUCGCAAGGACUGUGGAAGAACGAGAAAAGGGACAUUGAAUAUGUGCUGCCCGAUGGCCAGAAGAUCAAGCUUGGAGCAGAGCGAUUUCGAGCACCAGAAAUCUUAUUUGAACCAGACCUGAUUGGGCUCGAAUAUCCUGGCGUGCACCAAAUGGUGGUGGACGCCAUCAACAGGACCGACAUGGACCUUCGAAAGAAUCUGUUUGGGAAUGUUGUUCUAAGUGGUGGCACGACAUUGUGCAAAGGGUUUCCAGAUCGACUCCUCUAUGAGAUGCAAAGACUGGCAGUCAAGGAUAUGCGCAUCAAAAUAUUCGCACCACCUGAACGAAAGUAUAGUACCUGGAUUGGAGGAAGCAUCCUAGCAGGACUGAGCACUUUCAGAAAGAUGUGGGUCAGUAUCGACGACUGGCAUGAGAAUCCAGACAUUAUACAUACGAAGUUUACCUAGUCUCGGACACAUGAUUGAGGUUCAAUUACGAGUCGAAACGAUAUGAUCGUACUCGCGGCGCUCAGACCGCCACUCAAGAGGAAGUUUCCCGGUGGUAGAUCCAGCGUUGACUAAACGACGCGACAGCAAGCCGGUCCUUUGUUGAGUUCUAUCCAAUGA